GCUGUAAAAGGGGGCAGGACUAAACCUCAAAAGAGGAAAUACAUUUAGGCAGAGGAAACCACUGUAAGCUGAGAACAGACAUGAAAUAUGAAGUCCCCUUCUUUGCUAGACCACGACACAUCCAUGUGAAGGACCGGCCAUAAAAGUUUAAGGAAGCCUUAAUGACAUGAAGAUAGUGGUGAACCUAUUAGCGAUACCAACUCCAAACAGCAUGGCGCAUAUAACUACACUAUUUUGGUUUCUUGUAUUGUGGAAUGUACAUAAUGCCCACGGGACGUCCAUCGUUACAAACUUUGAUUGCUUCAAUGAUUAUGAAGAAUACAGUUAUUGUUUCUGGGAUGUUAUGAGUGCAUUGAAAGUAAAUUGCACCGGAGAUUUCCUCCUAAAAUACGAAAACGAUCACACUAAUUUCAGUGAUAUUUGCAUCCCCGAAUCUCAGGUGAUGGCGGGUAUUACAUUACCAAAUAAAUGCAUCUGCCACCUCAAUAUUGAAGAUUAUUUUGCGCCUGUUGUAUUCAGAGUUGAGCUUGUGUCAAAUGAAACAUCUUUAAAGAAAAUAGAUUUUCAACUCUCUCAAAAAGUGAAACCCAAAACUCCAUUCAACGUAACUGUUAACGCAGGUGAUUCAGAAAAUGUUUUUGUGCAAUGGGACUCUGGAUGUAAAGAGGACAACUUUGUGCGUGAUAUGUUGAUUUAUGAAUUGCAGUUCACCUCCAGAGAAGAUCCAGCAGAGGUGAAAACUACUAGUUCAAGUGAAGGGAAGACAUGCUACGAAAUUGACAAGAGGCAGUUCAAACAAGGACAUGAUUAUAUGGUUCAAGUCAGGUCUAAAGUUAGACCAGUUCCUAUAGGUUACAAUGGAACCUGGAGUGAAUGGAGCAGCGAGGCUGAGUGGCAUAAUGAUUAUAGCCUCUCUUUGACUGACCAGCUGAAGAUAUUUAUCCCAACUAUUUGCAUAUUGAUCAUAGCCAUAAUUGUAGCGUGCAAAUUUGCUGUUCAUUUCUGUAAGAAAAACUGGUUGGACCGAAUCCCAAAUGUUAAAAAAUCUCAGUUGGCUCAAAGCAAGCUAUUUACUAUCCAGAAACCCAUGAUGAAACCAGAUGGUUCCUGUAAUCAUCUGAAACAUGAGAAGAAAAAACGAUAUGCCAACGCAAUCCGAGGAAAUUGGCUUUAUAAAUUAAUCUUCAAAGUCCGCAAUGAAUAUGACUACAAUACAAAUGGCAGAACUGAAACAGACUGUCCUACUUAUUGUACAGUCUUCGAAACAAAUCAGGGAAUUCUUACACUGGAAAAUGAAAACAUAGAAACGGUUUUAGAAAUAUGUCCUCUGGAAAAUGAAAAGAAUAUAUCUGAAAGUGGAGAUGACGAGGAUGGUGGGUUUCCUACAUCAGAGUUAAGCUCGUCUGUGAAAAACACGUUACUUAAUAUUAUAAAUAGUGAUUCUCUGUUUGAAAGACCAGGGAUGUCUAUACUACAGCUCUGUGAACAACAAAACUCAUCUUCAAGUUGGGAUGGUUUUUCUGGCUUCGGAGAAUUUUGGCAAAAGGGAAAAUCCCAUGUGGAACAGUCUGAAAACUGCUCAGAAUUGGGUUAUCAUCGUUAUGAGUGUGAUAAUUCUGCAGUAGAGCUAAAAUAUAAAGCAAGCGAAUCACAACAUUCUGGUUUUGAUCAAUUCUCUGGAACUCAGCAGCAGCCCAAAUCAGCUGUUAACCUUGUCAAGAUUUCUUUAAAUGAUCGCUUUGACGUAUCCAUGAAUACGGGCUAUAACAGUUUUGCAAACGUUGUGUCUGGAACACAAGAUCAGGAAAAUUGUGUAACUAAUCUAGUCUGCAAUGACCAAACAUGGCCGUUGAGCGUCCCCACGAGCACAGUCGACAGAGAAUGUAUUUUGUUGACCUGCCUGGAUAACGCAAAGUGCUAUAAUGGGAAUCCUAACCUGCAGUUGACUGAAAUGAGUCCAAGUACCAUAUAUUAUCAAUUUACUUUAAAAUCAAAGUCACAGGAGCCCUUGGACUCACACCAAGAUAAACACAUGGAUAACCGUGUAGGAAUCUAUCCCACAUCCAGUCAAGAAUGCUCUGGGUAUCAGAGUUUUUCUUCAGCUAUUAAGCAAGAGAAUGCCUCAACGAGCUUUCCAGUAGGAACUACAGACAGCUCAGUACUGGAUUCUGGGUAUAAAUCCUUUGAGUGUGUUCUAACUCAGAACAAAACAGAUAUAGACAGCUGUUGUCUUUAUGAUGCGGACAUAGAGUUUCAAUUUGGGCAAUCUGAAAAUGAUGUAGAACUCUCAGGUGACUUUGACUUAAGUGAAACGAGGUUUGCAAGUAAUGGAACCAAAGAAAAAAUUGAGGAUGCAGAUGCCAGCAGACUUUGUUUUGGCCUUCCAAAUUUCAGCUUCACCGAAGCAUUCCUCGGUGAUUGUAACACUUCAAAAAAGGAUAAUUAUCAUCAAUCUCCCAAAAGAGAACCAACCAAGCAAAAAGAGGAUGUUGGAAAUAUAGCAAAUAAUACUCAAAAUAACACUAACAUUAACCAUCAUGAUGAAAAUGAUGGUGAAUUUCCCUAUGCUCUUACAUUUGACCUAUCUAACCAUUUGUGGAAUGUCACUAACAUCUGUGGACCUAACAAAACUCCUGAAAAUUUAAAGUCAGAAAGCUUAGUACAUUUAAACAUGAAUGACAAUAUUUUCGGUUGUACGAAUAACAUUAAAUAUGGAUAUAAAUUAGAAGGCAUUGAGGAUCAUCCGUCUUUCACCGACUAUCUUAAUGAGCCAAGUUACCAACAAAUGAAGUUUGAAAAUAUGUCAUAUUUUCUGCAUCCCUUUUCAUUAAAAAACACGCAGGACAAUUUAUGUGAGACAUCAGCCAAGUUACUCAUGCCUGAAAAAAUGUUUGACAAAGAUGGCAAUUUGUAUUUGAAGUUGGCGCUGUUGAACAUUCAUCCGUCAAUAGGCAAUUUUGACUGUGAUGUUGGUGAACUUUGAGGACUUGUAAGAGAGAUAUUUUAAAAAUAUUAUUUUUUUUUAUACCAGAAUAACAUAAGAAAGAACACUGGGAACGAUAUUGAAUGUCGUAUUGCUUUCUCCACUAUGCAACCCAAUCAAUGUUCGCUCUAAGCACUUAAGCACUAUUAUGUGUUCACUUGGCACUGAAAAAAUCUAAGAAAGGAAAACACACGCUUAUCAAUUCGGACUACAGGAUUCCCUUUCUUGAAAUUUGCAGUGUUAGAAUGAUCACAAAAAAAAUUGUUCAGAGGAAAAACUCCCCCUAAAACUUGAUAGCUUUCUCUAUCAAUGUUUGUCCUGUUAAGGUUGUUGAUAUUAAAUGUUUUGCACCUGCAA